UUCUUCCACAACCUCGAAGUCGAGGGGAAAAGUCGCAUAGGAAGCCUUGUCUAUCCCUUUUCUUGCAAUUAAAACACCCGGACUGAGAGUUGACUCGCCAAAACCUUUUCUGAAGUUGUUGUUAGAAGGGGAUGCUGGGGGUUGCAGAUAUGACGGGCAGUAACAUGGCCAAUGCCUUGGCAAAUGCGGCGUGUGAACGCUGCAAGGCUGGGUUCGCUCCGGCUGAGAAGAUCGUCAACAGCAACGGGGAGCUCUACCAUGAGCAGUGCUUCGUCUGUGCCCAGUGCUUCCAGCAGUUUCCCGAAGGGCUCUUCUAUGAGUUUGAGGGCAGGAAGUACUGUGAGCAUGAUUUCCAGAUGCUGUUUGCCCCUUGCUGUCACCAGUGUGGAGAGUUCAUCAUUGGCCGCGUGAUCAAGGCCAUGAACAACAGCUGGCACCCGGACUGUUUCUGCUGUGACAUCUGCCAGGCUGUGCUGGCUGACGUGGGAUUCGUCAAGAACGCUGGCCGACACCUGUGUCGGCCGUGUCACAACCGCGAGAAAGCACGUGGCCUGGGAAAAUACAUCUGCCAGAAGUGUCACGCCAUCAUUGAAGAGCACCCCCUCAUCUUCAAGAAUGACCCUUAUCACCCUGACCAUUUCAACUGCAACAAUUGCGGUAAGGAGCUGACUUCCGAUGCCCGAGAGCUGAAGGGGGAGCUCUACUGCCUGCCAUGCCAUGAUAAAAUGGGCGUGCCCAUCUGUGGGGCGUGCAGGAGACCCAUAGAGGGCCGUGUCGUCAAUGCCAUGGGGAAGCAGUGGCAUGUGGAGCAUUUUGUGUGUGCUAAGUGCGAGAAGCCAUUCCUCGGUCACCGCCACUAUGAGAGGAAAGGACUGGCCUACUGUGAGACUCACUAUAACCAGCUCUUUGGUGACGUGUGCUACCACUGCAACCGUGUGAUUGAGGGCGAUGUGGUCUCUGCUCUGAACAAAGCCUGGUGUGUCAACUGUUUCUCCUGCUCCACCUGCAACACCAAGCUUACCCUCAAGAACAAGUUUGUGGAGUUUGACAUGAAACCUGUGUGCAAGAAGUGCUAUGAGAAGUUCCCGCUGGAGCUGAAGAAGAGACUGAAGAAGCUGGCUGAGACCUUGGGGCGCAAGUAGGCCCUCUGUCCACCAGGUGGCGCCAGAACCCCACUUCCUGGCCUCAUCACCACUGUGGUGCUCAACAUGUGCUGGAGAGACUAAGGGUAAUCCAUUCAAACAGCCUUAAGUUAUUCUGUGUCAGUUGUGUUCAGGGCCAAAGUAAUGUGUAAAGUAACACUGUAAAAAGACCACAUACUCUAGACCUAAUGAUUCCAUCAUUUGGUUUCCCCUAUGGGUCAUAGUUGCACUCAGUGGAUUCAAGGUGUUGUAGACAUGUCAAACUUGGGUAUAUUUACAUAUGCCAUUUUUAUGACAAUUAGCUGAGAAUUUUGCCCAAAGCCAUUUAUGAGUGUUACGCUACAUUAAGUUUGGUGUAAGCUGAUUGUGUUACAGUUGAAUUCAAUGACUGUGAGAGAAUCAGUGGAUCCUUGUAUGUUUGGAACUAUGCACCUGCCGUAUGACAUCUAUUGUAAGUGUGUCAGAUACCCAGGUUUACAUUUGUUCUUAAAUACACAGACAUGUUGGCGUGUUGUAUUUAGUUUUGUGUUCUUACCUAUUUGUCUGUGGAAAUCGACAAUAUCCCUUCAAAAGGUCUCGAGCCCCAUCAACAAUGUUAACACGCAGAUUGAUGCUCAGAGAUUUGCCCUUAGUCUCUCCUUCACUGAUCGACCCUUAAUCAAUGCUACAGGUCAUUCAUUAUCUGUCACUACAGCGUGUCUUGCAUUGUUAUGCGUGGUUCAAGUAUGUCACAUUUGAAAAUUGUCUUUGUAGAAAAGCUGAGAAUCUGAGCUGAGAUUUACUGUAUUUAGUAUUCCGUUAAUUAUGUCUUAAACCAUCCGAUGCUAAUGUCCUUCCAUUUCAGAAAUGUUUAGCAUAUUGCGCCAUGUAUAUGACAGAUGGCUUGGUAAUGUCUUAACUCCGGCUUUGGCCCUAUUAUGUUUUUUGCCUUCAGCACACCAAAGCAAUGUAUCAUAUUGUUUUAUACUCAACUCAGCACUGAACUAUCUCUGGUGUAAGGGCCUGGCUUAUAUUGCCAAACGUGGCGUGUCAAUAUAUACUACAGUACGUGCCUACUAUAUAUAUAUAUAUACAUACAG